GGGUCAUUCGCAGCGUGUCUGGUGGUCGGUUUUGCAGAAAGUCACUCUUGCAUGUCAGUCGCAUGUUGAACCAUUUUUUUUGCUUCUUUUCUUUGGACACUCCGACUGCAAACCAGAUACAAAAUUGGAUCGCUCAGGUCUCUCGCACGCACAUAAACAUUCAACCUUGCGAGUUCUUUUUCAAAUGUCACCUAGGUAGGUAGCGUUGGCAGGUCAAAGAGAUGCGGAUACUGAACCAGCUCCCGUUGGAGCUGUUGCUGCUGGUACCGGCACUACUCGGGCAGCCAGCUCAAGCUCUGUCAGUGCCACGCUUCGGCCCGGGUACUACUGCUGCUGCUGCACAUGCAACGACUGGCUUUGGUGGUGGUGGUGGUGUUGAUGGUGGUAUUUCACGAUCGGUGACAGGGAAGAGGAAGAAGAAGCUUCAUGGGCGAUUCUUGCAUAUCACAGACUUCCAUCCUGACCCUUUCUACAAAACCUACGCUGCGACAGACGCCGAGGGGACGUGCCAUCGAGGGAACGGCAGUGCUGGAUACUAUGGCGCCGAAACAUCGAGCUGUGACUCGCCCAUCUCGCUCGUGAACGCGACGUUUGACUGGAUCGACAAGAACAUCAAGGAUGAGGUGGACUUUGUCAUCUGGACCGGCGACUCGGCGCGGCACGACAACGAUGAGAAGCUGCCGCGCAGCACGGAGUCUGUGGUCGAGCAGAACCAGCUGCUUGUGGCCAAGUUCCUCGAGGUGUUUGGGCGGAAGCAUCAUGACGGCGGGGACGACUAUCCCCGGAACGCCCUGGAGAUUCCUGUGGUGCCGAAUAUUGGGAAUAACGAUAUUCUUCCCCACAACAUCUUCACAGAGGGGCCGAAUUUCUGGACGAACAAGUAUCUGGACGUGUGGCGGAGCUUUAUCCCGGAGGAGCAACGUCAUCAGUUCCAGAGAGGCGGCUGGUUCUACGUCGAGGCUAUUCCGAACAGGCUGGCUAUCUUUAGCAUGAAUACCAUGUACUUUUUUGCCUCCAACUCCGCCGUUGAUGGCUGCGCCGCCAAAUCCGAGCCUGGCUACGAACAAUUUGAGUGGCUGCGCAUCCAGCUGCAAUUCAUGCGUGAGCGCGGCAUGAAGGCCAUCCUGAUCGGACAUGUUCCACCAGCACGGACAGAGAACAAGGAGAGUUGGGAAGAGACGUGCUGGCAAAAAUACACACUGUGGAUGCAGCAGUAUCGCGAUGUGAUUAUAGCCAGCAUGUAUGGACACAUGAACAUCGCGCAUUUCAUGCUCCAAGACUUUAGCGAGAUCAGGCCGGAUGUGCUUGACGGGCGAAUGGACCCGUUGUCGACCCAGCGUGAGUUUCUGGGCGAUGAGAUCAAGAUCAACUCGGCGACGGACUACUUGCUGGACUUGCGGGAUGAGUGGAGCAAACUCCCUACUCCGCCAUCCGCAAAGUCUGAAGCUCUCGAUGUAGAUGACGAGAUGGAGUGUGAUGGGGAAGACUCGACGGCCUGGUCUUGGAGGAAGUUGGCCACAUGGCUUGGUGUGGGCAAGAACAAGAAGCAUGGCAAGGCACAUGGUGGUGGUCGACACGCCGCCUAUCGCGAUAAGAUCGGAGGCAAGUGGGGUGAGAGAUACAGUGUGACUCACGUGCAGGCGAGUGUGGUGCCAAAUUACUUCCCCACCAUGCGCAUUUUUUCGUACAACACGAGCGGCCUGGAGCACGCAGACAGCCCUGUGGUGCGCGGGCGAUAUCUGCAGCAGCAGACUGUUCUUGCUGGGGCGAAUGAAGUGGAGAGCGAGACGGACGACGACGACGACGACCUGGAUGCGCAGAAGAAGAAGAAAAAGAAAAAGUACAAGUUCACCGUUCCCCAUCCGCCCUCGAAACACAGCCCGCCCGGUCCUGCAUACUCACCUCAGCCCCUGUCGCUACUCGGCUACACGCAGUUCUUCGCCAACCUGACACACAUCAACAACGACUUCACCACGCCAUCUGAUAAUGAGGAUGACGUGUCUGACUUCUCCGGCCUUGAGAACGGUGCCGCCCAAGACGUCGAUGGCCAGCGCUGGAAGCCGGGCAAGCACCACGGCAAGCACCCUCACAAGCACAAGGACCAGGAGCCCCAUCCAAACGAGUUCAAGUACGAGGUCGAGUACAGCACGUUUGACGACAAGGAGUUUGGACUGAAGGACCUCACGGUGCGGAGCUAUGUCAAACUGGCGAGGAAGAUUGGCGCGUAUCGGUCUGCGGGCGAGACUGACGUGUCACAAGAAGAGUACGAAGGGCGGGAUGAGAACGAUGAGGAGGGUGAUGUGGUAGGGGGAGAGGUCGAUGCGGAGAAGAAGCACAAGAAUAAGAAAAAGAAGAAGAAGCACGAGAAGAGAAAGCACAAGACGAAACAAUGGCUCGCGUUUGUGCGGAGAGCGUUUGUCGAGACGGUCGACCCGGCAUCGGUCGAGAGUGUCGGCGUGUCUGAGGGGGAUGUCUGAGGAGGGGGAGGAGGAAGAAGAGUAGCAAGGCAGUGGAAAGGAAAGCAUGAUGAGCAUUUUGAAUCAGCAUAUGGUACAGAGUUUUUUGUCUGGCUGCAUCUCUGGGGCGCAAUUGGGGGGGCAUAUGUAGCAUCCAAAUAUGGCAUUUUCCCCGUGUAAUACACUCGCUUUUUAGAAUGGCUCUCUAGGUAUACAAGCUUCGUGGCUUGACACACACACACAGAAGGG